CCUAAUUCAGUCUUUUGAUUUUAUCUAUUCAAUUGGGGUUCCUUUCUCUAGCUUUAUCGCGACAUGUCAACGGUUACACUAGCGGAAAGUGUACCCACAAACGGUGCCGUUUUUGGCUGUUCCGUUGGCUUUGCACUGCAAGCUAUGGUUUUGGAGACCGCCAUUGUUGCUGCAAACUCUGUCGCACGGUUGCUCAUGAUGAUGGGAACUCUGCCUAAUGGAAUUGAUGUCUUCAAUCAAGAGCCUGAAGCAAAUGCAGGGUUUCCGCUUGCCCAGCUUAUCGCUAUGACUAAACCUGGACCUGAGAACAAGGAUGCCAGUGACACUGAGGAUGAUGAUGACGAGAAUGAAGAUGAAGCACCAGAUGAUGAAGAUGAAGAUGGAGGUGAGGAGGAAGGAUGA